AUGAGUAGUUCCGAAGGAUCAUGGAUACCUUCAUUUUGUGAUAGGCCCGGAAAUGAAUUCUUCUGUGAGGUUGACGAAAGCUUUAUCAUUGAUCGAUCUAACUUAAUCGGUUUGAAGGACCAAGUACCGCAUUAUGAAUAUGCUUUAGAAUUAAUUCUAGGUUUAGAUCCAGAUGAGGAUGAAGCUAGAGCACGCUUAUCUCAAAGUAUGAUCGGAGAACAGGUAACUCAAACACUUUAUGGACUCAUUCAUGCACGCUAUAUUUUGACAGGUGGCGGUAUCGAUCAAAUGAUGAUUAAAUGGAGAAAUGGUGAUUUUGGAUUUUGUCCUCGUUUUUAUUGUGAAAAACAAAAUUUACUACCAGUUGGAAUAUCAGAUAUUCCGAAAGUAUCAACGGUGAAAUUGUUUUGUCCAAGUUGUGUGGAUAUUUAUACGCCUAUUAAUGAAUAUCAUCAAGAGAUUGAUGGUGCAUUUUUUGGUACAGGUUUUCCUCAUAUGUUCUUCUUUGAGCAUCCAGAAUUAAAACCAAGACGUUCAGUUAUCAAUUUUGUUCCACGAUUAUUUGGCUUCAAAAUACAUCCCACAGUAUAUGGCUCACAACAAACCUGA